CACAAAAGGACAAAUAUUGUAGGACCCCACUUACAUGAAAUACCUAGAAUAGGCAAAUGAAUAGAGACAAAAUUUAUUGGCGGUUACCAAGGACUGUGGAGAGGGAGAAUGACAGUUAUUGUGAAAGGGGUGCUGAGUUUCUGUUUGAGGUGAUGUAAAAUUUUUGGAAAUGAAAAAACAGACAUCUCAACUUGGAUGACUCUGCAGGUAGAAGCUGCCCUCACUUUGAUAAAAAAAAAAAAAAAAUUCUAUCUGCAGCCACGUGACCCCAAGAUGGCGCUGAUGUUGCGGCUUUCCACCCUGGCUGGCCUCUUCGUGGGUUUGGCAAAGGGACAGGCAGUCUAUUCUGGGAAGUGUCCGAGUGCUCCCCUGCAGGAGAAUUUUGACGUGAACAAGUAUCUGGUAAGAUGGUACAAAAUUGAGACGAUCCCGGUGACCUUUGAGAAGGGAAGCUGCAUCCAAGCCAACUACUCGCUAAUGGAGAAAGGAAACACCAAAGUGAUAAGCCAGGAGGUGAGCCCUGAUGGAACACUGAAUCAAACUGAAGGUGAGGCCACCCAGGCCAACCUCACAGAGCUCGCCAAGCUGGGAGUCAAGUUUUUCUAGUAAACAGUGACCUAUCUAAAAGAUAUCCUGACUUCUAACGACACUGCCAUCGAUAAAAUGACCAUCACAGACCAGGUGAACUGCCCCAAGUUCCUGUAA